UAUAACUAUUUGACUGGGAGAUGGUAAAACCCUUGUGUUCCUUUUUGGGGGGUUUUGGUUUUGUGCUGGAAUCAGAAGCGGAAAUCCUCACAGCGCGAAAAUGGCGAGAGCUGCUCUGUUUCGAUUGCUUCGAUCUCAAUCAACAACCUUCCGUUCAGAAAAUCGUCUGGCAAAGGUUCAUCCAUGGCCUCAUGCACUUAGUGCCAAAAAUGUUGCCAACUCCACCUUGCAGUUUGCUCCGGCCCAGAGACGACUGUUAUCUCGAGCUGCAGCAGCAGAAGAUGAAAACAGAAUUAGUAUUGGACCUCGGAAAGGGGGAGAAGAGGGAAAUGACGAAAAGGAGACUGGGAUUGUUUAUUACGGUCCCAUAUCAAAUACAAUCAAGAAAGUGAAGCUUCUCUCACUUUCCACCUGCUGCCUCUCUGUUUCAUUAGGUCCUGUCAUAACUUUCAUGACAUCUCCGGACAUGAACGUUAUCCUCAAAGGUGCAGUAGCAUCUUCGGUCAUAUUUCUCAGUGCUUCUACUACUGCAGCCCUUCACUGGUUUGUGAGCCCCUAUGUCCACAAACUCCGGUGGCAACCUGGUUCUGACAGUUUUGAGGUUGAGAUGAUGUCGUGGUUGGCAACGUAUUUACCUAGGACCAUCAAAUUUGCAGAUAUCAGACCCCCCGAGACUAAUAGGCCUUUCGUGUCGUUUAAAGCUAAUGGGAAUUUCUACUUUGUUGAUGCAGAGCACUGUCAUAACAAGGCAUUGUUGGCUAAACUGACCCCUCAAAAGCAAGCUCGUGAUUCUGCUUUCAAGAACUUGUGAUGUGUUUCUGGAUGAAUCUGUUUUGCUUCUUCUGUAUUUCCUUUCUCUAUGGAGGCAGAUUAGUGAAACUCCUCUGAGUGAAAUUUUCAGCAGAAAUAAGCUACUCCAAAGUAUCAUUAGGCUUACGUCUCUUUGACAUACAGGUAGAUAUUUAUGGAAACAAUGUAUCUUGUUUGCAACAUUUGAGCUGGUUUCCUCCAAUUUAUGUAGGAAAUUGUUGUUUCAUGUUAAACAAGAAAAAGAUUAUUGUUGGUUGGUUUUGG